CGCUUGUGAUGAUGAAUGGAAACCCUCCUUUUUCUGCUGUGUGGAGAUGACCUGCUACCCUUUCUGGAAUGGUCAGAAUGGGGCCAGAUGUGCCCCUUCUUAAUGAGUACAAGCAAGAAUUCUUCUGGAAGCGCUUUCCUCAGACAGUGUUGGGAGGUCCACGUUUCAAGUUAGGGUACUGUGCCCCACCAUAUGUAUACGUCAACCAAGCAGUCUUGUUCUUGACUCCAUGGCUUUUUGGGGGUAUAGGCACUCUGCUCUGCCAGCUGCAGCUGCUUCAGGAGCUCCAUGCUGCCAUGCUUUCUGGGAUGCUUAUGUUUGCGGCUGCGGCAGGUGUCCAGGCCCUGGCACUGUAUGCUGCUCGCAGGAGUGGCGCAGUGGAGAGACUCGGCGCACCCAAUAUUCUGGUUGAUGAAGAGGAAGUGGAAUUUACAAACUGUGUUAGCCCAGAGACGCUUAGAUUCAUUGCUCCAGGGAAGCGGUUUGGCCUUAACGUGGUGCUGCAUUCAGUUUUAGCUGGAGUUCUCUGCAGCUUUGGGACUUGGUAUGUGUUCCUGGGCAGACUGACAGCUCUCUAUGGCAGCAUUGGUGUAUCCCUUGUAGUCUUUAUCAUCAGUUGGGUGACUCUGUGUAUAGCUGAGUAUUCCCUCAUUGUAAAUACGGCCACCGAAACAGCCACUUUCCAGGCACAGGACACUUAUGAGAUCACCCCACUUACCCGUCCCCUCUACAUUUCUAUUUUCAUCGUUGUGGACAUGGUUGAUAGGUUGUCGAGCCCUGUGCUUGAGCUUCAGCUUGCCAGCCAGAUACUUCAUGUGCUCUUUCUUUUCCUUCCUCUGCUGUGGGCACUGGGUGUACUGCCACCCCUGGAUGCCCUGCUCUUCUGGGGCAUGGAGCAGGUUCUUGUGUUUGGCUUAGGAGGCUCACCCAUGUCGAGCAAUAUCAGGCUGCUCUUGAUGUUUGGUGUAUCCACCAGCGUAGCUAUCUGUAAUUACUUCAUUCCAUCAACACUGGGUGUGGUUCUCUUCUCCGUCUCUACUGGAUUUCUGCUGAGCCUGGACCUCAGUCAAGUUGGCACGCUCUGCAAAAGUCCCAGAACAACCUUCAGAAACCAGGGAUUGCACAGUGGAGUGUUGCCACCUUUUCUCCCUACUUCCUUUGGCUGGAAUUUAGGCUGCAGGGAGCUUCUGGUGUAUUUAAGUCUCCUACUGGUAGCAAUGGCAGAGGCAGGACUGUUGCAUCACUUCUUUGGUUCAGCUCAGUCCCAAAACAUGGUUACAGGACCCCAAGGUCCUGCCAGCUACCUCCUCAUAAUACUCUUCUUUACCUGCUGCUCUCUAAGAGAGAUCCAGGGAGCAUAUCUGUUCGGAGGGAUGUUUCUUAAUCCCCUUUAUCCUAAAGGCAUGUCUAACGGGCAAAUAUUUAAGCAAAAGAACAGGGGGUUGUACAUAGCUGCUGCAAUCAGAAGAGUCCUUCUUUAUCUUGUGUCUCCUCUUGCAAUGAUUGCUUUUCUGUCUAUGGACACAUCUCUGCAGUCACUACACAGGGUCUCCAUCAGUGUGGGAUUCACACGAGCCUUUAGAGUGGUGUGGCAGAGCUCAGAGGAUGCUCUGAUGCAGAUGGUAGUAGUGAUUUUAGUGCGGUUUGCAGGUGGAAACAAUUUGCUGCCAGGAUGGGACAACUUGGGAACUGGAGUUCAGCUUCUCCUGGUGGGCCUUCUGAUUGACAGGCUGAGCCAGUUCCUGUCCAAACUAAAGUUUACCCUCACUGUGUUGGUGACAUCUUGGACAGAAAAGAAACAGCGUCGUCAGUCAGCUGGAACUCUCCUGGCUCUGAACGCAUCCCUGUGGCCGCUGGUGUUAGCAGUGGUGACUCUCUCUGCCCUGCUCUCUGCCCCUUUGCUUCCUCUCUUCACUUUGCCCAUCUUUCUUGUGGGAUUUCCCAGGCCUCAGCGUAGUUGGCCAGGUCCUGUGGGCACUGCCUGUCCCUGUCCAGACUCGAUUUUCUACCAGCAAAUGAGUGGAAGUCUGGCCUCUGCAUUAAGGACAGCCUUCGCAAGAGGAUCACUUGGUUCUUUAGCUCCAGGAUCUCAUUUCCUUGGACGGUUUCAGGACCGUAUGGUUUGGAUCAUGAUUCUAGAGAGAGGAUAUGGCUACUGUACUGUCAACAUCAAGGGUCUAGAGCUGCAGGAGACAUCUUGCCACACAGUGGAGGCGCGGAGGGUGGAUGAAGUGUUUGAGGCUGCUUUUGAACAACCGGAGCGGCUUGGCUUCACGCAGGGCUUUAACCUGCAUUGGGGAAAUGCCCUCACCCCUUGCACUGCAAUUGCUGUACAAGUCUACUCUGAUGCCCGAAACGUCCUCUCUGGUAUCAUCGACUCUCAUGAAAACUUGAGGAAACUUCAAGACGACUUCAUGAAAGCUCUGAUCUGGUUGCUCCUGCGGUACUGUGUGCAAAGGCAUAAAGGAUUUUUGUGGAGCCUUGACGAGGGUUCAGUGAGUGGAGUCAUAAAGUCCCAGUCUUCACAGUUUGCUCAAACAACUUGCAACCAGCCAUCUGAGGCCAUUAUGGUCGAAUCCAACGUGUCUUCUUACAGGCUCAGGCAGGACAGUUCUAGUUUGACUUCUUUUGGAGACUGGUCAGAUGAGGAUGACUUAUUUGGACCACAACCAGCAAGACGGACUGUGGCAUUAGUCACAGCAGAGGCCCAGCCUGGACACUCAACCCUGCAGAUAGGAGCCUCUCUGCCAGGCUCAGUAGAAAUGGACAGUCUUUUUGAAAACAUGGCUCUCUCUGCUCUGCAACCACUGCAGCCUCUUGGACUUAGUAUUGGGAUGCCAGCUGUAGAUAAAGGCAGAAACCCAGAAGUCCUCAGAGAGAGCCCUCAUCUGAAAUUUAGCUGUCCCCAAUCUGAGGUAUUCAACCUGCCACUAGGGUGGAGGACGGCACCAUUACUCCCAUCUCGCUUGCUCUCACUUAGGCCUUUAUUUCCAGAGGAGUGGUUUCGAUUUACCUUGGGCCGCUUUGGGCAAGCUGUGCAGGGGGAGACCUCAGAGGACAUGACUAAAGCCCUCAAGGAGGAUGAGGUCCUGAAAGAACUGCAUGUUAAGGUUGCACUUUCAUGUCUCAUUUCUGUGGGAGCAGAAACUUCCUUCACCAGUCCUAGUUACAUCUACAGGCUCUACUGUGGAGAUGUACCAUGGACUGAAGGACUCGACUGGCUGUCCUCAAGCAAAGAACUUUAUCAGCUCACACUUCAGGCGUUCAGGUUUAGUUUCAAGCUGCUGUUUGAUCAGGCAAGCCUUGGACCUAUGGAGUGGCUGGCGGCCCUGCAGAGUGUACACCUGUUCCACCACAUCCACAAUCUAGUGCGCAAGGCGCUGCUUUGA